CAUCUCCCUUUCUUCCCAAUUUUCAUUCGCUCGCUGAGGAGCGACCAGACCACCGUCGUCGUCCUUUUCCAGUCCUUGGGUUUGCGGGUAGCGAGAGAGAGAGAGAGAGAGAGAGAGAGAGAGAGAGAGAGAGAUGGGGAAGGAGUCGCCCUUCAGGGGGGAUAUUGUGAAAGGGAAGGUGGCAUUGAUCACGGGAGGUGGUUCUGGCAUCGGAUUUGAGAUUUCCACCCAACUGGGCAAGCAUGGAGCUUGUGUUGCCAUCAUGGGUCGUCGCAAGCCUGUGCUUGAUUCCGCCGUCUCCACUCUCGCUUCUCUUGGAAUUCCUGCUGUUGGGUUUGAGGGUGACGUGCGCAGUCAAGACGAUGCUAAAAGAGUUGUAGAGUCCACUUUCAGGCAUUUUGGCAGGCUGGAUAUUCUGAUCAAUGCUGCUGCUGGCAAUUUUCUUGUUUCACCAGAAGAUUUGUCCCCCAAUGGGUUUCGGACAGUUAUGAACAUUGAUUCAGUGGGCACAUUCACAAUGUGUCACGAAGCACUCAAGUAUCUUAAGAAGGGAGGACCUGGAAGAGGCUCCUCGGGUGGUGGAACUAUACUGAACAUAAGUGCCACUUUGCAUUAUACAGCAUCAUGGUAUCAAAUCCAUGUUUCUGCAGCUAAGGCAGCUGUUGAUGCGGUCACGAGAAACCUUGCACUAGAGUGGGGAACUGAUUAUGAUAUUAGAGUUAAUGGGAUAGCUCCUGGCCCUAUUGGUGACACUCCUGGCAUGAGUAAGCUAGUUCCACCAGAAAUUGAUAGCAAAGCCAGAGAUUAUAUGCCUCUAUAUAGAAUAGGCGAAACAUGGGACAUUGCAAUGGCAGCUCUUUACCUUGCUUCGGAUGCAGGUAAAUUCGUCAACGGCACCACGCUUAUAGUUGAUGGUGGACUUUGGUUGAGCCGGCCUCGCCACCUGCCAAAAGAGGCAGUGAAGCAACUUUCUCGAGCAGUGGAAAAGAGGUCACGGGAUGCACCAGUCGGUGUUCCAAAAAGCAAGCUCUGAGCUCGCUGGAAGAGUUAUGCAAAGUACAACCUAUCUGAUCAUUGCCCAUGGAGCUGCUUUGCUGUACAAGGCUUCAUAAAUAAAUCUCAUUCGUGGGGUUAUUGAAAGAUUCUAAAUUGUUCUGUGAAUUACCUUGGGGACAGACCCUUUAUUAAA